AGACAGAGGAGAUAGGCGUGAGAGAGUGAGACUGAGAGAAGGAGAGAUCGAUAGAGAGAGGAAACUCAAGGUGCCAAGGGAUACUCUCAAAACGCAGCGUUUCAGAUUCUCUACCGAUGGUGAGAUCAAAGCAAAGACAGCUUACGGCAAUCCGUAAAAACAAGAAUAACACUCCAAAUGGCCACAUUGAUUCAUCAAACUUUAUUAAUGAUCUGGACUGGCUGGGAGAAGAGAGUUGGGUGAUCGUGAAAAGGCAGAGAAUCACCAUUUUGGUGCCUCCUCUACCGGCUGCUAAAAAUUUGACAACUCAAAACCAGGGACCAAGUCAGCUACAAGCUGUACCCAGAAAAACAGUGAGUAACCAAAUACAAUCUCCAAUUGAUAUAUGUCCCAGAAUGCCAUCAGUUGACGAACGUGAGAAAUUCAUACAUAAAAAGGGUACUCGGUUUGCAAGAAAAGCUCCUGCCCAAGGCAUGCCAACAUUAGCCAAGGCACCAAGGCUAGAUUUAAGAAGGGAUCCAGAAAAUCCAGAUCAAGCUGAUACUCCAAUGAUUUAUAAAAGAUUUGGGGUAUCUAACACCCCAGGAGCUAUUAAGCGGCAAAGAUUAUUACAUUGCCCCAUUAGCUUUCUUGAUGGGGGAAAGUUGCUAAAUCAAAGGCUGAGGGCGUCAAAUCUUGAGAGGAAUCUUCAAAAAGCAGGUGGGUUGAGCAGGUGGUUAGCCUCACUUGGACUAGGUCAGUUUGUGAGGAUUUUUCAGAGGAAGAGUGUGAAUAAAUUUCAGUUAGUGAAUUUGACAAUGAAGAAGCUCAAGGAUAUGGGUGCAAAUGCUGUAGGUCCUAGGAGGAAACUGAUUCAUGCUAUUGACUGUGUUUGCCAGCCCAGUAGUUUUCAGAUGAUCUGAAAAUAGGGAAGAAAGAAAUUGUAAAAAUGCAGCAGCGUAAUUGUGUUAGCCCGAGACAUGUCUCAACAAUUAUGUAUGUUAUGACUUAUGACAAACUAGUUGGGAGAGAAUAGAAAGCACGCUUUGCUGUCAGGGAAAAAAUUGGUAAUGGGCAUGACCAUUCUUGCCGUGUAACUUAUGAAAAAUGUAUGCAAAAUCAUGACAGUUUUUCAUACAUUAGUAUGAUCUGUGUUCUUGGUAUAAUUGAUCAAUGAAGCAGAAUCCUUUAUGCAUUGAGUUAUAA